AUGCAAGUAGUUCCGUGGGCUCAGGACCCUCGGUUCCUAGAUGGCCAGCAGGAGGGAGCUGUGCCCCUGUCCUCUCCACCUCCAGACACCAUUGCUAGUGUCUACAGACCCGGUUCAAAUUCCGACAUUCAUGAGAGACCGUACUUGGCACGUGUAACUUCUGCUACUGUUAUAGCAUUUUUAUUUUUCAUCGUGGCCGUCCACUAUUGCCUUGCUCGAAGGGCCCCCCCUCGCAAACAACAGGGUCCAGUCGACCGGCGGCUGGCUAGCGGCAAUGAGGAGGAUGAAUAUGGGAAAACAGAGAACGGGGGAGGGCUUCUGGCCCCCCACACACCUGGAUGGAGCCCAGACCCCCUCAUCCGAGUAGCUGGAAGAGAGAGAAAACGGCGCAACAAUGACGUUGACGAUGGCAGUCACCGAGCAAAAAGGCCGUUGGUGGAGAAGCCAACAGGUAUUGCGACAAUCGUUUCGCGCAGCGAGCCUUUCCCCCCAUUGGAGUCGCCUUCGGGGAGUUCUUCUUCUUACCAACAAGCUCAUGGCGGCCUACAGGUAAGUCCGGACGCAGUCAGUGAAACUGCAGAGUCAGCAACAGCCCAUGGCCCGACAAUGGCAGAUCCAUACUUGCAGGAGUCAUCUACAGUUGAUGCAUGGCUCCUCCAGCAGAUUAUAGAUAGCCCCUCCGUACCUUUGCCUGGCUGGACGGCUCAGCACGCUGGGGACGGGCAGUACCCUGAAGACUGGAUAGACGCAGACACUGAUCAGGGGUCCGCGCAGCUUACGGUGGCAGACACGGCUUCCAAUCCUGGAAUGCUCACUAGCCUUAGCAGUCAGUCUCAGUCUUCGGGGGGCAAGUGGGAAACACACCCGGAUGAGUGGCCGGCGGUACUGCACCAAAAUCCUUACGCAGACGUGCCCUCCACCUCAGAAAUUCCCGGCAGCGUUGGCGACCAGCUGCAGUCUUUCGGGGGCGGAUGGCAGCCACAAACGGGCAGUUGGCCAGUGCAAGUGUACCCAGAUCCUCACGCAUACUAUCCAUCUGUCUACGGAGUGCCCGGCACCCUUGGCGGCCAGCUGCACCCUUUUGAGGGUGAAAAUGAGACACAAACGAGCAGCCUCCAAGGGCUAGUUCUCGCAGAUCCUCAUGCAGAGCAGUCUCCCACCUCUGGAGAGCCCGGCAGCGUUGGCGGCCAGCUGCAGUCUGUGGGGAGUGAAUGGAGACAAGACACGAGUGGUUGGCCGAUGCAACUGCAUCCAGAUCAUCUCGCAUACCAUAUAUCCAACCCUGGAGUCCCCGGCAGCCUUGGCGCCCAGCUGCAUCUUUUGGGGAGUGAAUGGGCCCCCGUACCUAGUGGUUGGCAGAUGGAACUGCACCCAGAAAUUCUCGCAGAACAUCCCUCCGCCUCUGGAGUACCCGGCAGCGUUGGCGGCCAGCUGCAGUCUAUGGGGAGUCACUGGAGACAAGACUCGAGUGGUUGGCCGGUGGAACUGCAAACAGCUCAUCUCGCAGAGCAGUCUUCCACCACUGGAGUACCCGGCAGCGCUGACAGUCAGCGACAGUCUUUAAUGGGUGAAACGGCGACAGAACCGGGUGAUGUGCGGGCUCCGGAGGACCAAAGGCUUCACGGCUCAGAAGGUUCCGGACACAGUCAGGAUUCCACAGACGUUUCCAUGGAGGAAGUGAAAUACCAGAGCCAUGCGUUCUACCGCUUGCCACCUGUUGCUGGGACGUUACCUCCAACCGUGUUUAACUGGGGUUCGGCCGUAUGCACUGCUUCCCGUAAAAAGCUAUCUGCAAUACUGAUUCCGCUUAGGAGUUUGAUGCUCAAGGAAACAUUGGACCGUGAUGACCUCCGAGCCCUCAGGCAACUGGCCUGUGGUUGGUCCUGCAAUGGAGAUGUCGAAUUGGUGGGAUAA